CACAGGAUCAAUCAAUGGAAGCGCUGUUAAUAAAUUGCGUGGAGAAAAGCUUGAAUCAAUUCACACUCAACAACGCCAUUUUCUUAUGCGAACGUCUCCGUGCUGAAUUUCCCUCUGAGGUGAACUUACAAUUAUUGGCUAGGUGUUAUUUGACUAACAAUCAAGCUUAUAGUGCAUAUCAUGUUUUAAGAGGCUCAAAAAUGGCUCAAUCUCGCUACUUGUUUGCAUUAUCAUGCUUUAAGAUGAAUCUUCUCAGUGAAGCCGAAGCUGUGCUCUUGCCCACUGAGGCUUGUGAAGAAGUCCCAAAUGGUGCUGCAGGCCACUAUCUUCUUGGACUUAUAUACAGGUGCAAUGACAGGAGGGAGAAGGCAGUUGAAUAUUUCAGGAAGGCAUUGUCAAUUGAUCCAUUAUUUUGGGCAGCAUACGAGGAACUUUGUAUCUUAGGUGCUGCUGAAGAAGCCAAUAUAAUGUUUGGUGAAGAAGCAACUUGCCGUCUGCAAGAACUUUACCUAGUUCAUGAAUCAAGUCAUUUGCAGACAGCUAGUGAUGAUCAGUUUUUGGAUUUAGAUGGUACUUUUCAGUUGGAAGGUAUGAACUUAACGCGUAUGAAACAUGUGCAAGGGCAUGACCUAAAAGACGCACAUCAAAGUCAUCAUGAAGAAGCUGUUUUAGAUGAAUCUGUUACACCAGUUAUAAGUGACUGUCCGUCAAAUGUGCCAUUUUGCCAUACUCCAUCCCCGGUACCUCCAGAUCUGUCAGGUAUUGCUCCUCUGCCUUCCUGUAGAAAUGUGCAACUCAAAUCAAACAUUCAAAGAGGUGAAGGCUCAGCAAAGUCUAUAAUUGAUGUUUCUCAAAGAAAAUUUAUUGAAGAUAAAUCAAUGAAGGUCCCUAGAAGGUUCACUUCUGAUUUUCGACUGCGCCGAAGUGCUAGAAUUGCUGCACGCAAGAAUGCAACUGCCUCAACAUGUACAUUGAACCCCUUAUCAUUUCAUUCUUCAACGGAUGAUAAAGGCCAAAAUGAACAUAUUAAGGAAGGGAAAUGGCUUCAGACCCCUGGUGAUGCUAGUUCAGAUUAUACAGCUGUGAUUUCAAGUACAUCUUCAUUUGCUAAUGAUAGAUCCUUCCAAAAAAAUUUGAGUAUGAAACCUAGUGGUUCUAUCACAGAUAGUUCAAGUAUUGUAUCUGGCAUCACAGAUACACUGGAUCUCAUGAGGCAUAUUGGGGAGGGCUAUAGACUUUUGUGCAUGUAUAGGUGUCAGGAGGCUCUAAAUGUCUAUCAAAAGCUUCCACAGAAGCACUAUAAUACAGCAUGGAUUCUUUCCCAGGUUGGAAAAGCUUAUUUUGAGCUAGUGGAUUACUUAAAUGCUGGACAUGUCUUUGGUCUUGCACAUCAAAUAUCUCCAUAUGCUUUAGAAGGAAUGGAUAAAUACUCUACAGUUCUUUAUCACCUUAAGGAGGAUAUGAAACUAAGCUACUUGGCACAAGAGCUAAUAGCAGUUGAUCGCUUAGCUCCAGAAUCUUGGUGUGCUGUUGGAAACUGUUACAGUUUGCAGAAGGAUCAUGAGACUGCUCUCAAAAUAUUUUUGCGGGCUGUAAAGCUUAAUUCAAGAUUUGCAUAUGCCCAUACGCUAUGCGGUCAUGAGUAUGCAGCACUUGAAGAUUAUGAAAAUGGAGAAAAGUGCUACCAAAGUGCCCUCAGGGUAGAUGUGAGACAUUACAAUGCCUGGUAUGGUCUUGGAAUGAUCUACUUCCGCAAAGAGAAUUUUGAAUUUGCCGAGCACCACUUUCAACAGGCUCUCCAACUAAACCCUCAUUCUUCAGUUAUAAUGUGCUAUCUUGGAAAUACUUUACAUGCCCAAAAGAAAAGCAAUGAAGCCUUCCAAAUGCUGGAGAAAGCUAUCAUAACCGACAAGAGAAAUCCACUCCCUAUGUACUACAAAGCUGACAUGUUACUGAGCCUUGGAAUCUUUGAUAAAGCUUUGGAAGUUCUGGAGGAGCUAAAAGAGUAUGCCCCUUGUGAAAGCAGUAUACAUGCAUUGAUGGGCAAAGUUUACAAAGAGUGUAAAAUUUAUGACAAGGCCAUGCUCCAUUUUGGAAUUGCUUUGGACUUAAAACCAUUUGCAUCAGAUGCUAUUAUCAUAAAGGCUUGCAUGCAAACUUUACUUGCACAAGAUCAAUUGGAGAGCAACUUCAACUGAGAUGCAUGGAAGAUACUACAUAAUCGGCUUUCACAACUUCACUGUGUAAGGCAGAUUAUUUGCACAUCUGUUGCAGACUCUUUGAAUGAUGCUUGGUUGCUGAUGGAUGGACAUACUUCAGAUUUCAUAAAGAGUUGAAUUUGCAGCAAAGGCGGCAUCUGGUGAAACCCCAAUCCAAUCACCAAAUGCCAUAAAUCUUUAAGGCAUCUCAGCUUGGGUAUUGCCAUUUCUGAUAGCUACUAGUUUAAUGAGAGAUUCAGUGUGGCCAUCCAUGGUUGGCUGUUCAGUUUUUUUCAAUUGCGCAACUUUGAGAUCAGUUUCUUCAAAAUUCUCUUAGCCUUGAUUUUGAUUUGCAAUAGGACCCUUCAAAUCUUCAAGACCCUUACCGUAGGGAGCUAACCAUCCCAGUACCCUCAUCUCUUGUUUCAUCUCGGAGCAUCUCCUUCCUAACUCCGUACAAGAAAACCUAACUUGCUUUGCACCCCAAAUCUAUAGUUCCAUAUUUAAUUUAAUAAUUCCCAUGCUCGGCAUGAGAAUCUUCAAUCUGCUGUAUCAACUAAAUGGAGAUUACUAUGAGGAGAACUACUCCACCAACUCUCUUGCCAGUAUAGGUUUUUGAUCUAUAAGUUUGUCCGCUAGAAUGAUAAACUAUUGAAGCUUGUUGCAUUGAUUAUUGCCCUGUGAGGUACAGAUGGAA